AUGGCGUCUAAUGGCAAGGACAAGCACUACUGGACGCAGCUCAGGUCUGCUCUUACCGCAGGGCAAUGGAAUACCCAGCAUCCUUCAAGGACGCCGAAUGGCAUUGCCCUCACCUGGAAGGAACUCUUUCGAAAAUUCAACAAACAUUGCCGUGGUUUCGAGGACGUGUGCGAGGUCGCAUCCAAGACGCGCUUGCUAGGUCUCUUCCUCGUUGCCAACUCCAAAGACGAAGAUCAAGACGAUCCCCUCUCUCCCGGACGAGAGCUGCUGAUUGGCGACGAAUGCAUCUUGUCAGAGGAACGGGUCGCCGAGGGUCAGGAGGCAUUCGAUGAAUUGAAGAAGUUAGAGGCUUCCAAUUUUGACACCCUGAACUUCGCCUUGGCCUACUAUGCCUACGCCUUGGGACGGCCGGAGGAGUGCAUUUCGCAGCUGAGCAAGGUCCCAGACGUUUCGCAUGUCCAGAACCACAUUCCUUCUAUCCCAGCGUCGCUUCGCUCGAACUCACUCUCACUGCAAGUCCCAUCUACGGUGGGCACAUCCCUGUCUUCUGGGAGCGGGAGCGUCAUGUCUGCGGCAUCGACGGUCUCUAUCGAUGAAAUCAAGGACGGCAGGGCUUGGGCGAUGACCGAAACCAUCCGCAGCAUCUGUCUCCAAGGGAUGUCAUACGAAAAGGUCUCUGACUCGUCAAGCAUGGUCCCCCUCAAGUCGUACGGCGGCGCGCUCCCUCUGCUGAGUCUGUUUGAAUCCGAACUGGCCGCGCUCGCGUCGAUGGCGCCCCUCACAACGACGGCUACUGGCAAACUGGACUUUAAGCAUUUCUCGCAUUUCCGUGAGUUAUGGCGGUGGAUAGAGAGGCUGCUCUGGCGGGCUAUUGCGCUAUGUGCUACGAGCAGCAACUUGCAGAUGUUGGACUCGACGCGUGUGGACUCGAUAUGGGUGUGGCUGAAGCAUUAUAUGGCCUGCAGCACGUACUGGCCUCCCUCGUUCCGCACGCAGCACCGAAGUGUCAUACUGUCUCUCCAUCUUCGCUCGCUGGUGAUUCUGUAUACGUCACCGUCUCAAAUAGCCUCAUCAGCGGAUAGUUACAAGUCACCUCAAUGGCUACAGGUCGCUCGUUCCGUCGUGGCAGAGUGUCAAUCGGUGCUCAGCGUCUGUACCCAAUUCCCCCGCGCAGGCGAGAGGAAUGCGAAAGUCGAAGACUUUGUUGAUCUCUGUGUCGCAGUUUGGGAAGCGAGUGGUGCUAUGGGAGAGCAUAGCGGUUGGGUCAUUGAUGUCCUCUGGUGGGCUACACGGCUGACUUUCAACUCCCCGCGGAUAUUUCGGCAUAUGACACGAUUAUUCUACGUCUCAGGUGAUACAUCGCUUGCUAAACGGACGUUGAAGCUGUAUAUACAAGUUGUCGGUAAAGCGUAUCAAACACUAACCUCGGACGGGGGCAACCCUGACAGUGUGCCAGACGAGAUGCCGAAGGAGGUGUUGAGUGGUGAGCCAGAAGUAGAUACGGAUAGGAAUUGGGUGGAGACUCUGUGCCAGGGGGCGCGGAUGUUGUGCAAGUCGGCUGCAUCGGUGAAGGAGGGGUUCAUGGACGAUCUUAAUGAUGCUGGUGAAACUAUCGAGAAAGCGAAGACGAGAUUGAAUAAAUCCGAGGCGGAUCUAGUGGCCGCCGUGCAGUUGGCGGAGGGCAUAUGGCGGGGCGUCCUUGCAUUGAAGUCGAACGACCCCUACGCACGCCCGGGAAACCUUGCCCUGUGCCACGAAUGUCUGCUUGAGUCUCUGGCUACGCGCCCUACGCCCUCCGCUGCAUAUCACCUCGCGCUUUCCUUUGCGCGGCCCGGACCCACACAGGACAUCGAGCAGGCUAUAACCCACGUUGCUCAAGCGAUGGAGGGGGACCCUAAGGAAGUGCGGUAUUGGCAUCUCAUGGGUCUUCUGCUGUCUGGCGCAGAGAAAUGGCAGGCGGCUCUAGAGAUCUUAGACAGCGGCGCGGAUAUCGGAGAAGCGGCGCACGGUGACGAUGCUGGUGACGACGACGAGGUGACAGAGACAGUGAAUGCAGACGUGGACACCCUGACACCGAAUCCCUUGCGCACGCCCAAUGGAUUUGGUGGCGCCAGCAUGCACAGCGUUGUGGACACCAAGCGCAAUGGACCUCAAUCCACCCGCUCGCCGUCUCUCCAUCCUUCGUACUUCUCGGGUAGCGGCAGCGAUGGGGUGGAUUUGGACAUUCCGUCAUUGUCGCUCCUACCGAACAGCACCGGAACCAUCCCCCCGUCUUCCUCCUUACUUGGGCCGAUGCCCGACCACCCGAAACCAUCCACGCAAGAACAAUUCGAGUUUUCUCUACAGCUGCGGAUGUCUCAAGUUGCGAUGAUUGAGUACGUCGAAGGGGCGGAAGCUGCGGACCCGAAGUGGAUGGAUGUAUUCGCGUGGGUAGCUGAGAAGCGGGGCAUCGUCGCCCAACAACCGAGGACAUCUCUGGAUGGCGGCCGACCGCCCCAGCCGCUUCUUAGUUCUCAAGCGCGACCGAACAACGAAGGCAACGGCGAAAACAAUGGUGGAAACAUCUCUCUUACGUCUGUUCCCCCGCCAAUCCCAAUCAACAUACUACCAGCAACACCCGACGCCCACUACGACCGGUUCAUCUCGGAUAACCGAACGUCUUCAGACACGGAGAUGCCUGAUACCGUAGAAGCGGGCGACGAAGAAGGGUCGCAUCCACACCAUCACCACCACCAUCUUCCGUCCCUCCACGUGUCCAAACGCUCGCAGUCUAGCGAACGAGACAGCUCAAAGGCCUCGAAGAGGGUCCAGAAGUUCGUGAAAAGCGGCGUGCACAAGGGCCAGGCGACGAUCACGACCAUAUCGAAAAAGAUUGGCAAUGGUGUCGUUAGGAAUGGUCCGCUGCGCAGAUCUACAUCUACACCAGACUUCCAUGCGGCGCUGAGACCGUCGUCAUACCAAGCGUCCUCCAUCCAUUCGCGCAAACGUCUCAGCUCGAUUAUCCACUCACAUGACUCGCAUUCAUUCACUGAAUCUCCUCCGCCGCCUCCGCCGCCUCCUUUGCCCAGCAACUCCGAACAAACAAGAAAGCUGAAUAGCAGGACGAAAAAGGACAACAGGCUCCUGAGCGAUCUGUGGCUUAUGUCCGCGGCAACCUUCCGUCGCCUAGGCAAGAUUGAGCAAGCCAAAGGCUCGAUACAAGAAGCGGAAGUCCGGGACGAAGAUAAUCCUAAUGUUUGGGUUCAGUUGGGGUUGUAUUAUACUGCAUUGGGGCAUACCCGACAUGCUAUUGACGCAUUCCACAAAGCCAUGUUCAUUGAUCCGGAUGAUAUCUCAGCAUCCGUCCAUCUAUGUCGACUCUACCUGGGAGCCCCAGAUAUGGCCUCUGUCUCGCACUUCAAACGACGGCCACCUUUGCCAGACCAUGUCGAUCUCGCCGCUGGGAUUCUGUCUGAUCUGACGAAGGGUGCCGGGUGGGACGUGCCAGAGGCAUGGUACUAUUUGGCGAAGGCGUAUGGGUUGCAGGGUCGGAAAGAGGGCGAGAGGGAGAGUUUGGAGAGGGCACUCAGGUUGGCGGAAGGUCGCGCUAUUAGGGACGUUGGAUCAGCUUUGGGGUGGUGUCUGUAG